UGCUAAGUCUGAACAAUGGGUCGGGAAUGUAGUGAGCCCAUGUAUCCCAAGCCAGCAGGAGCGUAUGGGUCUAAUCCAGGCAGGAGGAAUGGAAAAAGGCAUGCUUAUGUCAGUUUCAGGCCAUCCACAAGCCAGCAGGAAAGGAUUUCCAGCCAGAGAAAGACGACAUCUGAAGUCCCAAUGCACAGAUCAGCCCCCAGUCAAACCACCAAGAGGAGUCGAUCGCCAUUUUCCGUCACUCAUCGUAGUUGGGAAGACAGUGAGAGCUCUGGAACCAGCCUGAAUGCUGAUAAUGAGGACUACUCCAGUACUUCCAGGUGGAGGGAUUCUGCCAGCACCGAUGAAAGCCACUCGGAUGGCCUAGCGAGAAGAGGCCAAGGUGAGAGUUCAAGUGGCUACUCUGAGUCAAAGUACCCUGAAGACAAGAGGGAAGCCAGGAGUGAGCAAGUGAAGCCUGAGAAGGUGCCGAGGAGGCGGCGAACCAUGGCCGACCCUGACUUCUGGACGUACAGUGACGAUUACUAUGAACACUGUGAUGAAGAUUGUGACAGUGACAGGGAGCGGACUGCAGCUCUGCGUCAGAGGUAUCAAGGGCGGGAGCAAAAUUUAUCAUCCAGUGGUGAAAGCUGGGAGGCUCUGCCCAGCAGAGAAGAGCAGGAACCUGAGCGAGGCAGAGUGAAUGCUAGUGCCAGCGCCAGCCCCAGUGCUAGUGCCAGCGCUGGCAGUGGUGUUGGCAGUGAGCUUGGAGAAGUUCAUGGGCCACCUCUUCAGGAGGAGGCACAGGCAGCCCCACAAGAGGGAGAAGCUCCUUGGCUCCAGUACAAUGAAAAUGAGAGUAGCAGUGAGGGGGAUAAUGAUUCUGGGCAGGAGUUCCUGCAGCCUGGAGUGUUCAUGCUGGAUGGAAACAACAACCUGGAAGACGACUCCAGUGUGAGUGAAGACCUGGAAGUGGACUGGAGCCUCUUUGAUGGCUUUGCAGAUGGGCUGGGCGUGGCUGAAGCCAUUUCCUAUGUGGAUCCCCAGUUUCUCACAUACAUGGCACUUGAAGAACGCCUGGCCCAGGCGAUGGAAACUGCACUGGCGCACUUAGAGUCCCUUGCUGUGGACGUGGAGGUGGCCAACCCACCGGCCAGCAAGGAGAGCAUCGACAGUCUUCCUGAGAUCCUGGUCACUGAAGAUCACAGCGCGGUGGGGCAAGAAAUGUGUUGUCCUAUCUGUUGUAGUGAAUAUGUGAAGGGGGAGGUGGCCACCGAGCUGCCGUGCCACCACUAUUUCCACAAGCCAUGUGUGUCCAUCUGGCUUCAGAAGUCAGGCACCUGCCCUGUGUGCCGCUUCAUGUUCCCUCCCCCACUCUAAGACCAAGGCUCUUUGCUCCUGGGCGGGUGGCUUUCCGCAUCUCAGAUCCACAAUACUGCAGGAGCCCUCUCAAAAUUCACAAUUGUAAUGAAACCAAUCACUCAAUGAACCUACACCUGUUGAUUCUUUGUGAUUAUUUCCAGUGUGAAAACAGUUGUGUAUGAUUGCAUUAAAAAUGAUAGUCUCUUUUAGAGGUUAGAAAGGGUUCCUGAAUGCUGCUUGAGAUUGCAGUAAGAGCAUACAUUUUCUGACCUGAAAGUUGAAAUAAAUGGCAUUUGUUUUCUUUAGUAGAAUAUGUUGCUGUUAAUUGUAACAUCAAGUUAAUCUGUUAACUAUGUCCAAAAAGCAUCAUUUCUGUUGCAUGUUAUGGGUUACUGUUCCUGUAAUUGCAGUGCUGUAAAAGCUUAUUAAAGUUCUUCUUUUGAUUUUA